AUGGUUGACAGAAACCAGUGCCGAACUCACACCCGAACUCCCUGGGGUACAUCGGAACACCGCCUCGACCACAGAAUCCGAUAUGCCUUGAUGGUUGCCUUUUCCAUCUUCUUCAUCGUCGUGGAACACUCGUCCGAAAAUCUGCCAAACCUGGCUUCAACGCAAGAGCAGGUUUUUCUACAGACGACUCAUGACAACAAGAUGAACAAAGAAGAGGAACCUUACCACCCGCCCUCUCAGACCCGUUGUGCCCAGCUUCAAGAUUGCCAAGCUUUCUCUCGGCCGGACAUAUGCUGCUCGCCGCUAAAAGUCUGCCACCACACGCAGACGCGUUUCUCGCCCUCGGGCAUUUACUGCUGCGCUCAGAGUGACGAAUGCAUCGUCGACGAUGAGCACCCCGCAGCGUGCGCGGUCAACACGACGCAGUGUGGCAGAGACCUCGGUGGAGGAUGUUGCCCAGAUGGUACGAUGUGUGCUGCAGAUGGCUGUCUCAAUGUACAGACAUCAUUGCGCAAGCCCUCUGUGCCAAGAGCGAUGAUCACCGGGUUGUUUCACGGCGAUAAGACCGGCGAAGCGGUCCAUACAGGGAUCAAGUUUGGAGAAGUCGGAGUAGUCAAGUCAAGUGCGUGUCAUGCAUUCUUCGGUCCAAGCUUGUUUAUCAUGUUCGUGGCUGUUGUUAUCAUGACUUAG